UCCAGACUGCAUGCAGUUUGGUAUUAAAAUGUUUUCAGUCCCACCAACCAUUGUGUUGUUACACAUUUGAGAAGAUAGAUACACGCUGAGCUCUUUUUUUAACGAGUCAUACCCCUCAAGCUUGACACCCGGGACUGACGGCGCUCACGGUGAACAACGUUACAGCGGUUGUUUUUUUGAGGUUGUGUCCAACAAAAAAAAAAAAAAAAAAAAAAAAGUGCCGAGCGACUGUAGGCAGAGCGAAGCUAGCUAGUCAGGUCGGACGGCGGCGAGGCCCCAACCGGACGGGAACACGGGGGAACCAUGGCCAACAUCGCAGUUCAGAGGAUAAAACGGGAAUUCAAGGAGGUGCUCAAAAGCGAAGAGACGAGCAAAAACCAAAUAAAGGUGGAUCUGGUGGAUGAGAACUUCACAGAACUUAAAGGGGAGAUAGCAGGGCCACCUGACACACCGUAUGAAGGGGGUAGAUAUCAACUAGAAAUUAAAAUUCCAGAGACGUAUCCAUUCAAUCCACCCAAGGUGCGGUUUAUCACGAAGAUCUGGCAUCCCAACAUCAGUUCAGUCACAGGUGCAAUAUGUCUGGACAUUCUCAAAGACCAGUGGGCAGCAGCGAUGACGCUGAGGACGGUCCUCUUGUCACUACAAGCCUUAUUGGCAGCGGCAGAACCAGAUGAUCCACAGGAUGCAGUGGUAGCCAAUCAGUACAAGCAGAACCCAGAGAUGUUCAAACAGACGGCGAGGCUCUGGUCUCAUGUCUAUGCAGGCGCUCCCGUCUCCAGUCCGGAGUACACACGCAAAAUAGACAAACUCUGUGCCAUGGGCUUUGAAAAAAAUGCAGUAAUAGUGGCGUUGUCGUCGAAAUCCUGGGAUGUGGAGACGGCGACAGAGCUCCUGCUCAGUAACUGAAUCUUGACACCAUCCUCCUCUUGAUCCCUGUCUCUCCUCCUCACACACACACGCCCUCUCUCCUCCCGCUGUCUCUGUCUCUGGCGUCUUUACCCCCUGUCGCACCCUGUGUUCCACAGUGGACUCCUCACCUCCACCCUUCUCCCCCAUUACCCUCUCCGUGUGACAUCUCUCCACCCCACCCAUCACCUCUGCUGUACCACACUCCAAUCAGCCGCUCUUUGAGCUCUCAUCUCUGGUUUUUCUUUGAGUUCAUUCAACAUUCCACUCGGCGCUACAAUCAGAAGUUGAACCACAUCUCACCCCCUUUUUUGAAGUGAAUGCCAGACUUAAAACCCCGCCCUCACCCGCCAGUCUCCCCCAGCUUCCCUGGCUGUGUCCAAGAAGCGGCUGUCAGCAGUUUAUCCUUGCCUAUGCAGUGCAUUUACUUUGAUUUGUGGAAACCUUUUUUGUAGGAGAGAGUCAAACCAUUCUAUGGAUUCUUUUGGACCUGGUUAUGAUUUUUUUUUUUUACAUACCUUUGGACCCACUUUCCAAACAGGGAUUGAGCAAAGUCCUAGACUAACCACAUUUUUGAAUUGGUCUCUUUGUUCUUGCACUGUAUUCAUCAUCACUACCUUCACUCAUUCUUAUACAAUAAACUAAAGCAGUACUCUGGGGGCACUCUAAAAUGAGCACUAAAUUGAAAUUGAAACCUUUUCAAUCGUAUUGUUCCAUCAUUUAAACUUUUCAGUGGAACUCUAAAGUGCACCAGGUAGUAAAUAUGGAGAUAUUCUGCCACACAGUAGGACGAGGCUUAUUCCCUGUUCUCGACACCAGCUCAUAAAGAACACUGAGGUGUUCACACAGUAGCCAGACUCAUUUUCACGCCAUGUUCCCCCCCCAUCCCCCCCCUUCAACCGUCUGACGAACCCAAAGCUCCUGCAGCAGACCCCAGUGCCCAGUCUCCCACACCUGUUCUCCACACAGCUUACUUCACCUUUCCCUCACCCCCGCAUUUUUAAAAAAUUUUAUUUUGGUUUCGACCUCCUGCAGGAAUACAUUUGGAUUCUUGUUUUUAAACUGAGACAAAACAGAACGAACAAAUGGAAAGUGAAAAAAAAAAAAAAGUCAAGCCGUUAAUACAACCUGUCACAAGUCUGGAUGGAAAUAGUUGAAAAAAUGAGUUCGAGAAAUAUUGCAUCAUGUUAACUAAGCCAACAGAUAAAUAUGUCAAAAUGAUUCAUCUGUAAAUAAAGAUAUUAAAGUCUGUGUAAAUUAA